AUGAGCAACAUCAUUAAAACCAUAUCCAUAUUUGGUAGUAACAAAGAUAUUAAAAAUAAUAUCCAUUUAUUAGGAGAAAAAAAAUUAGCCUAUAUUCAUGAUAAUAUUGUAUAUAUUAUUAAUAUAGAAAAAAAUGAUAUAUACAUAUAUGAUAUACAUUCCUCUCCUGUAUAUAUACUUAGACAUUCGAAAUUAUUAAAUUUGUCUGUAACAUGCAAUUUUAAUAAUUAUGCUCAAGCUAAUUACAUAUCCAUAUGGGAUACUUACCAAUAUAAAGAACAAGAUCAUAUAGAAAUAAAAAACAUCUUUAAUUAUGAUUGUGCUUAUCAUAUAUUUAAUGAAUGUGAAAAAAAGAUAAACAUUCAACAAAAUGAAGAGAAGCAUAAUUACAUAUUAGAUAUUUGUUUUGUCGAGGAAUUAAAAUGUUUAUUAAUAUUAACGGAUGAUCCAUACAAAUCGAUGAGCUUAUGGUCCCUGUCCAAUACUACAAAACCUUACUUAUGUAUACACACAAAUAAAAGUCAACUGACCAAUUUAUCUAUACUAUUUAAUUAUAAUAAUUAUAAAAACAAAAAAAGUUUACAUAUAAACAAAAGUAUACACUUGGACGAAUUAUUAGAAGAUCUAAAAAUUAUAACAUACAGUUCUUUGGAAUUUUAUAUAUGGUCCUUUUCUUUUUAUUUAGAAGUUCGUAUAAAUUAUUCUAGUCCAAUAUAUGAUAACUUAUGUCCAUGUUAUAUGAUCACAUGUAUUUAUCAUAUAUGUGAUGAUCUAUUUUAUGUGUCAACAAGUAAUGGUAAAAUUUAUUUGUUUGAUAAAUAUAUUGUAAUAAGAUAUUAUGACCUGUUCAAGUAUUGCAUUUUAUUAAUAUUCCUUUUGAACAAUCAACUUAUUUGUGUCUUAGAAAAUGGAUAUAUUUAUAAAAUAAAUAAGAAAGAUCAAAAUAUAAUUUCUCAUAAAUUAAAUAUAAAUACAUUAAUUCAAUUUUAUUAUAAUACAAAAUUUAAUGUUCACAUAAAUACCAUACGUGAGCAAAAUAUAAUUCGCUCAGAGGUUUUUCUUGAAACUUUAUUAGUCCUCACAAAUGAUUAUAUUAUUUUAAUUAACUUAUGUAGCGAUGAGAUAAUAAUACUAUACGAAUUAAUUGAAGGAGAUAUUUACAUGUCAACAUUUCUGUACACAACUAAUCAGUAUGUUGUUUGUGUGUCUUCAUUCAUCGAGGGAGGAGAAAAAAGCUUAAUUAAAAUAUUCAACCUUGAUAACACACUAGGAAAGAUACCUUUAGUUGUAAAAGGAAAAUUGAACUGUAUAACAUCUAAUCAUUUCAAAGAAGAAGAAUACGCAAAAAAUUAUUCCUUCAAUUUAAAAAAAUCAUGUGAACGUGUAUUGAACUGUAAUUUAAGAAAUAGGGAAAAAAAAAAAACUAUUUAUAUAUUGUCUAUAAAGAAUCAGAUUGUAUUUUAUGAGGAGGUUGAAUAUAUGCUUCGUCCAUUUUAUUUUAUAUCAUAUUCACAAGAUAGAUUUGUAACUUGUCUACAAUUUUGUAAAGAUAAGAAAUAUUUAUUUUGUGCUUGUAACGAUGGUUCCUUAUAUAUUUACCUAAUUUACGAAUAUAAUAAUCCCCAUUUUUAUAGCGACCAUAACAUUAACAACCUUCAAUUUAAAGAUAUGAAUAAAAAUUAUUGCAUAUCCUUAUACAGAGUGUUUAGGAAGCGUAUGGAACGAAUUAAUAAGAUAAAAUUAUUGGAUGUCUAUAAGUUAAUUUUAUUGGUUAGCUCUAAUAACAAAAUGUAUUUAUACAAUAUACUGGAGAAUAAAAUUGUACAUAUUGAUAAUAAUACAAAUUUAUUUGAUUUAUCACAUUUCCAAUUAUAUAAUUCUGAUGAUAAAGAACAUACCGAUUUUUUAAUGAAUAUUUUGAAAAAUAAUAUUGAAGAAUAUGUUUCCUUCCAAAAUAAUAAAUAUCAUGAUAAAAAAAAAUCAUCCAAAUAUAUCCAUCUAACCAACAUUUUAAAAAAUAUAAAUUAUAUUUAUAAAAUUUUAUAUUUCGAUAAAAAUCAAACAUGUGAUAAUAUUAUAACCAAAGAUAUAUUAACAACGGAUAUAACAUAUGCUAAUGAAAAAAAAAAAAAUUCACAUUAUAUUACACCUAAAUAUAUGAUAUAUAUAUUUAACAAGGUGGUAUGUAUUAUUAAUGGUAUACGUUUUGAAAUAAUAAAAAAAUUAAAAGAAAAUAAUCAUUAUGGUAAUGUUAAGCAAAAAAAAAUAUAUCAAGACAAUAAUUUAACUUCAUCAUGUAACAAGAUAUGUACACAUAAAGAUCAUAUGGUAACAAAAAAUAAAUAUUCUAAUAAUAAUAAAAAUAAUGAUAAUAAUAACAAAAAUAAGGAUAAUAAUAACAGCAAUAAUGAUAAUAAUAACAGCAAUAGUGAUAAUAAUAACAACAAUAAUGAUAAUAAUAACAAAAAUAAUGAUAAUAAUAACAACAAUAAUGAUAAUAAUAACAAAAAUAAGGAUAAUAAUAACAACAAUAAUGAUAAUAAUAACAACAAUAAUGAUAAUAAUAACAACAGUAAUUAUAAUAAUAUAUCCAAAAUUGUGCACAAUCAACAUAAAGAAGAUUACAAAUGUAACAUAUUUGAAAAGCAUCUAUUUAAAAGAACUCCUAUUUUUUAUAAAGAUAUAUUAUAUAGCGAAAUAAAUUAUUCAGGACAUAUUUUAUUAUGUUCCUUUAAAAAUAUUAUACUCAUAUAUUCAUUAAAAAAAAAAAAUAUACAUUAUCCUAUUCAAUAUAAUAAUAUAUCAAGAGGUAAUAAAAUAAAAUGGGAAUACGAAACAUUUCGACUUAUUACAUAUAAGAGUAACUAUACUAUGAAUGAAGAAAAAUAUAAAUAUAUUGAUUUUUCUAUUGUUCUAUGGGAUAUAAAAAAAGAGACACCAUCAAACAUAAACUCACAAACAUUUAAUAACUUGGAUACAUUUGAAGACAAUCAAAAAAAUAACGAUAUAAAUGAAAAAAAAGAAAAUAUAAAAUCUACGAGUAAUGAAAAUAAUUAUAUUACGAUUGCUAAAGAGAAGCAAAGGGAUAUAGGAAAGGUUCUUUUUAUAUAUAAUGAUUAUUUAAACUUUAAUUAUUUUAAAAAUAAUAUAUGUAUAAACCCACAAAUAAAGAAAACACACCUAUCGAAUAUAUUCAACAGUAGUAAUAUGUUCAGUGUGUUAACUCCCCUUUAUUCUUUUAAUUCUAGUAGUACAAACAAAAAUAAGUAUAAAAUAAAAGUGCCUUAUGCAAUAGAUUAUAUAAGCGAAAAGGAUGUUGAUGAAAACAAAAAUAAAAAUAAAAACCAAAACAAAAACCAAAACAAUAAUAAUAUUAAGAGACAAGUGUGUAGAUCUCAAUAUGUGGAAAAUGAUAUAAAUAUAAUAAAUAAAAAUAAUUCAAAUGAUAAUACAUUCUACUACACAGUAGUGACCUCCAAUAGGUCUUAUGAUAUCUUCGUAUAUAUAAAAGGGGGAUGUAUUAAUAAAAUUGAGAAAACAAACAGAAGCUCCUUAAAAUUUAUAUGCAGCACAAUAGAUGAAGAUAACGUACUUGAAAUUGGUAUACCAGAAAAAAAGGUAAAUUUUUAUGACCAAAGAAUUGUAGUACAAAUAAAUUCUUUUCAUAACACAUGCUACUUAUCCAUUCCAAUGAAAAACGAUAAAAUAUGA